UAAAGAAUUGCCCAAAUUGUCUCAAAUAAUUCUUGUAGAGGACGGUGUAUAUGCACUCCAAGCUCUCGGGAAUGAAUCUACAACUUAGACUGACUGGAAAUUUGAGCUGAAUAACAUUAUAAGAUCUAGCACAGAACUAAAACAAUCAAAGAAAAGAAAAGUAGAAUGGAAUCUCAACAACUAGGAUUUACUCUGGAUGGCUCCUCUGAUCUGAAAGGCAGGCCUGUUCUCAGAUCUAAAACUGGAAGAUGGAAGGCUUGUUCAUUCCUUGUUGUGUAUGAAGUGUUUGAAAGAAUGGCUUUUUAUGGAAUUGCCUCCAAUCUAGUGAUUUACUUGACAACUAAGCUGCACGAGGGCACUGUGACUUCUUCAAGGAAUGUAACUAAUUGGGCUGGAGCAAUUUGGAUCACUCCUAUCCUUGGGGCAUAUAUUGCAGACACUCAUUGGGGACGCUAUUGGACAUUUACCAUAUUUUCAUGUAUUUAUAUACUGGGAAUGAUAAUCUUGACAUUGGCAGUCUCAUUGCCAUCUCUGAGACCACCAGAAUGCCCAACAAAUUCCAAUAGCUGCAACAAAGCCUCCACACUCCAAGUUGGGAUUUUUUAUUUUGCAUUGUACGUACUUGCUCUGGGCACUGGCGGUACAAAGCCCAAUAUCUCCACCAUUGGAGCUGAUCAAUUUGAUGAAUUUGAGCCAAAAGAGAGGGCUCAGAAGGUCUCUUUUUUCAAUUGGUGGAUGUUCAGUGCAUUUUUAGGAACACUAAUUGCACAGACAUUUCUCGUAUAUAUUCAAGACAAUGUGAGUUUUUCUGCUGGAUAUGCAAUCCCCACUGCUGGGCUGAUAAUUUCGGUUGUAAUUUUUCUAGUGGGGACUCCGUUUUACAGGCAGAAAAUUCAAAAAGGGAACCCAUUCGGUCGAAUUGCGCAGGUGAUUGUGGCUGCAUGUCGGAAAUGGAGAGUUAAAGUUCCUUCAGAUCCGACUGAACUCCAUGAAUUGGACCCCAAUAUAUACGUGGAGCAACGCAGAUUACCCAUUUCUCAUACUCCCAACUUGAGAUUUCUGGACAAAGCAGCAACAAAAGGCAAUACCGUCAGUCAAGUGGAAGAAAGCAAGCUUAGAUUUCUAAACAAUGCAGAAAUAGAAGGCAAUACAAAAUAUAGUGCAUGGAAGCUGUGCCCAGUGACCCAAGUGGAGGAAACCAAGCUGAUGAUAAAAAUGCUACCAAUAUGGGUGGCUAUGUUCAUGCCAAGCACCAUGAUAGCUCAGCUAAACACACUGUUUGUGAAACAAGGAACUCGACUGAGGAGGGAAAUGGGUCCUCACUUUUCCAUCCCCCCAGCAUGCCUCACUUUAUUUGUCACUAUAUCAAUGCUGUUCUUCAUUGUUUUCUAUGAUAGAGUCCUAGUAAACCUACUGAAAAAAUUUACAGGGAACCCAAGAGGCAUAACAAUCUUACAACGAAUGGGCAUUGGGCUGAUUAUCCAUGUAAUAACCAUGGUGGUUGCCUCCAUAAUAGAAAUCAAAAGGAUCAAUAUUGUCAAAGAACAUCAUCUUGAAGGGGACCCAGAAGCAAUAGCACCCAUCACAAUCUUCAUUCUGCUUCCCCAGUUUAUACUCAUGGGAAUAGCAGAUGCAUUUGUUGAAGUGGGGAAGUUAGAAUUUUUUUAUGAUCAGGCCCCUGAGAGCAUGCAAAGCAUAGGAACUGCACUAUUUGCUAGCACAUUGGGAGUUGGUAAUUUUAUUAGCAGUUUUCUUUUGACCACUGUAACAAAAAUCACAGGAAGAAAGGGGCACACCAGUUGGCUUCUCAAUAAUCUUAAUGCAUCUCAUCUGUACUACUACUAUGCACUCUUAGCAAUUCUCAAUUUUCUGAAUGUGAUUUUCUUUUUGGUUGUAUCUCACUUUUAUGUUUAUAAGAGAAAGACCAACGAAGCUUUUGGCAACAACCACAACCUUGAUGAUAUGAUAGAAUGUGUGGGUAUGAGCAGAAAAGCCCAUGUGGAUGAAAUCAUGCAAUAG